UUUUUAGGUAAUGAAAUGCAAUUUCGCCACGAAGAGGAAAUUGGCGGUGUGCAAUUCCAAUGGGCUCGCCAGUAUGGUGCCGCUUGGCGUACGCAAGGAUGCUUUGGAGAGGAUGUGUUGUGGAUAACAGACCCAAAGGCUCUUCAGUAUAUCUUCCAUACAUCUGGAUAUCGGUUCCCGAAGACCAAGGCAAUAGAUCAAUUUACAAAAACUUUCACGGGCCGAGGGAUGGUUGCGGUUGAAGGCGAUGUUCACCAGCGCCAGAGGAAGAUCUUGAGUCCUGCCUUUUCUGCAGGGCAAUUGCGUACAUUCCUACCAAUAUUUAGACAGCUAGCUUCUCGCCUAAGUCAGAAUUGGAAGGACAAACUGGAGGCCAGCAUGUCUUACAAAAGUGCUGUCAUCAACGUCCCUCAAAUGCUGGCCAGUAUGACAUUAGAUGUUAUCGGUGAAGCUGCUUUUGACUAUCAAUUUGGAGCGCUAGGCGACCAAAAGAAUGAGCUUGCACGUGUCUUUCAGAAUCUCUUUGUCGAUUCUGUGCUUCAUCCGCCUGCAUGGGAUGUAUUGUUCAAGGCUACGUGGCGCUACAUUCCUGAUCCCAUCUUGCACUACGUUAGGCACUUGCCGACGAGGGAGUACAGCCGCUUCAAAUUGUUCCUGGAAACCGCUUUCCGCGUUGGACAGGACCUCGUAGACCAGAAAGCGUCCUCCACGGAAAAGGGUGGUAAAGAUAUCAUAAGCAUCUUGGUGCAAUCCAGUAUUACUGACGAUGUCAAGAAGCAUUUAAGCAAUGAUGAGAUGCUUUCCCAAAUAGCGACAUUCCUUUUGGCUGGUCACGAUACAACCGCCAAUACUCUUACCUGGACGCUAUAUGAACUAUCCAAGAGACCAGAAGAUCAAAAGAAGAUACGCGACGAAAUCGUGGCUGCUCGCAAGGAGAUGGAAGCGCGUGGAGAUGAAGACUUCGUCCCUAGUGAUUUCGACUCAAUGCUCUUUAUGAACGCCGUCAUCAAGGAGAGUCUGCGGUUACAUCCCAUUAUUCCCAUGCUCUUCCGGGAAGCAGCCAGUGAGGAUGUUAUCCCCCUUUCUCAGCCGAUCGAGACUGCGUCAGGUAAAGUCAUCAAUCAAGUUCCUGUUAGCAAGGGUCAAGUCAUCAAUAUCUCUAUCUGCGCAUACAACCGACUACAGAGUGUUUGGGGCGAAGAUGCAGAUAGUUGGAACCCAAAUAGAUUCCUGGACGAUAACAAGGAGAGACAGACAUCCGUUGGGGUUUUCGCGAACUUAAUGACCUUUUCUGCCGGCAUACGUGCUUGUAUCGGAUGGCGCUUUGCAGUGCUCGAGAUGCAAGCUGUUCUCACAGAGCUUAUCGAGAUGUUCGAGUUUAAAUAUCCUGAGGGAUUGGACGUUGUGCGGCUCAACUCGGGAAUCAUGUCACCCGCCAUCAGAGGGAAGGUGGAGAUGGGGGUACAGCUGCCUCUGCAUGUCUCGCUCGUACAUGGAGCCUGAAUGUAUUUGUGCUACCCGACGUGAUGGGCCCCAAUUGUACCUUCAAGUCGAGUUAUUACCAAGUGGAUCCAUGUUCACGUUCAUCAUGAUUCAGACACAUCUGUUAAUCAAUCUGGAAGGGCGGCAACAGGUAUUUUUGUGGAUAGGAUCAAGAUCGCUUGAAAAAAAAAAGUGCUACACUGCUC